UUUCACAGAUUCUUAGAUAUUUCCAUGAAUUUUCAAAUUUUCAACAUUUGCACGGCAUUUUCUUUUUGUUCUUUUCUUUUUUACGAUGAAAUUAAAACCUGCUGGGAUUGAUCUCGAGAUGAUGAUGGAGGCGGAGCAGAAGAAGCGAAAGAUCUGGAAACUAGUUUUGACCGGAGGUCCCUGUGGGGGCAAAACUACCGGGCAGGCCCGACUCUCAACCUUCUUUGAGAACUUGGGUUGGAAAGUGUACAGGGUACCGGAGACGGCGACGGUUUUGUUGGCCGGCGGCGUCAACUUCGCUGAGCUCCCACAGUACGCUGCCACGGAGUUUCAGGAAAAUCUGUUAAGAACCAUGAUACAGAUCGAGAACUCUUUUUUCGCUCUUGCAGAGGCGAGUGAGCGAAACUGUCUCAUAAUUUGUGACAGAGGGACGAUGGACGCCUCGGCGUUCGUCUCGAAGGAGGAGUGGGAAGAGAUCCUUCUCAAGAACGGGUGCGACGAGGUUGAUAUUAGGGAUAACCGUUAUCACCAAGUUGUCCAUUUGGUAACUUCGGCGAAGGGAGCUGAGAGGUUCUAUUCCAUUGAUGAUCAUGCGACAAGAAAGGAAGGGUUAGAGGAGGCAAGGGAAAGAGAUACAAGGGCAGCUGAAGCUUGGAUUGGACAUCCUUAUGUAGAUAUUAUAGAUAACAACAGCGAUUUUGAGAACAAGAUUAACCGUCUGAUCAGCUGUGUUGCUGUUAAGAUGGGAAUACAUAUUGGAGAUCGUCUUAAGGUGAAUGCAAGGAAGGUUAAGUUUGCUAUCAGUGGACCUCUGCCACCAGAUUCAUCAUUCCCAAGCUUUAGAGACUUUGAGGUUGUGCACCACUACCUGCAAACUGCCAGCAGGACUAUGCAGAGUAGACUACGGAAGAGGGGUCGACUUGGGAAAUGGUCGUACAUCCAUACCAUCAGGAAACAGACUCCCAGUCAAGCUGGCGGGGUUUCUGGGCAGGUUAUUGAAGUUAAAACUCCUCUAACUCAUAGGGAUUACACCCAUCUACUGGAUCAGCAGGAUCCCCUGCAUCUGACUGUAAAUAAGAUUAGAAGAUGUUUUCUCUACAAUAACCAGUAUUUUCAGUUGGAUAUCUACAAGGAUCCCUGCCAUCCUAGAUGUAAAGGUCUAAUGCUUAUAGAGACCUACACCACCUUAGCACCUAAUGAGGUCAUUGACAGACUUCCCAAGUUCCUCAACAUUGAUCAGGAGGUGACUGGGGAUCCUGCUUUCUCCAUGUUUAAUCUCAGCUUGAGAGAGGAGUGGAUCAAUAAUAAGAAGUUCUGUCACAGACUCUCAGAUGAUGAGGAUGAUGAUGUAGAGGCCACGCAAGAGGCUCAUGAUAGAUUAGAGGCUGUUCAUAGGAAAUCUUCGGUCGCCGAUUUUCUGGGAGCUGGUCUCUCCGCCUCCCCCGGCAUAUAGAAAAUUUAUAUAUAUUUAAAUUAUGUAACAUUUUUUAUUUAAAUUCUACGUUUGGUUACUGCAAAUAUAGAUAA